UGAUUUAUAUAUGAAACGUCUAUGACAUAGUUGGUUUGUGGUUCGUAACCAAAAAGAAGAAUAUAUAAUAAAAUAGGUUACGUGAUUGUAGAGCAACUAGAUUUAUAAAAUUAGAAUUUGGGACAAAAUUUUUAGAGAGAAAUAUGUUGAUACGUUACUUAAUUCUAUCAAUAUUUUUAAUUCAAAUUAUUCAGUGUGGUUUAACUCAUCAAGAUAGUGAUGAACUUGAUUCGUUAGACAAUGAUUUUGCUGAAUUUGAAGAUUUUGAUGUUGAAGACGAACAAAAUGUACCUGAAGAAAAUUUUAAUACAGCACCAAAGUCAUCAGAAAAAAUACUGAUUGAAGAUGAAAUAGAUAUAAUAGUGAAUGAUGAAGAUGACGAUUCGGAAUUUGAACACUUCCAAGAUGUGGAAGAAUUUGAAGGUUUUGAAAUAAAAGAAGAACAAGUAGAGAGUGAACCGAAAAUAACAAUAGCCAAAGUACCUGUGAACUUCCGCCAAAACUGGGAUAGUUAUUAUUUAGAAAUAUUGAUGUUGUCAGGAUUAGUGGUGUACUUUAUAAAUUUCGUCACUGGGAAAAGUAAAAACGGCAAAAUUGCUAAUACUUGGUUUAAUACUCACAGACAACUAUUGGAAGAUAAUUUUUCUUUAGUUGGAGAUGAUGGUUCUUUAGAUAGGAACGAAAAUGUUAAUUUAAUUAAAGAAAGUGAAAAUGUAUUUACCCUUUGGUGCAGUGGAAGAACAUGUUGCGAAGGUAUGCUUGUGGAACUCAAACUAAUAAAGAGACAAGAUUUACUAGCUAUACUAUCCGGUAUGAUGCGUCCUACUAUGGACCAAAUCCACAUCACCGUCCGCAUGAACAAAGAAGACAUGGACACUUUUAUAUUUUGUCUCGCCGCUAAAAAAACGGCCCAACAACUCGUUAAAGACAUGGCAGAUUUAAGUGUAUAUUGUCCGGAACGUAAACCUGGUGAUAAAUUCAAUGUUUCAUCAUCUUUUAAUGUAAUGAGUGAAAUUGGAGAAGCUACGUCUGCUAUUUUGGAUAGUAAAGUUUCAACUGUAAUCAAUAAAUAUCCUGAGUAUAUCGAUUUUAUUCAUUUUUCCGAUCAAUACUCUGGAGUUAAACAGACUGAAGAUAGUGGAGCUUUAAAAUUACCUGAGACUGAAAAAGUGCUUAUGUUCAACUUCAAUAUCCCAGUUAAAGGAAUGUCUCUCGAAGAGGCUUGUUCAAAGUUAACUCCACUUAUGAAUAUGGUAUUUUAUUGUAUAGAUAAAGUUAAACGUAUUAGACUUACUAAAGAAGCAAAAACUAAAGCGGAUAAGAAUCGCCAGAAAGUUGAAGAAGCCUUUUUGAAGUCGACACAUCAAGCUAGGGCAGAAGCUGCUGCUGCCAGAAAAGAAGAAAAGAGACGUUUGGAAAAGGAGAAGAUAAUGGCGGAAGAUGAUCCAGAACGACAAAGACGUUGGGAGAUCAAGGAAGAGAAGAGACAAGCAAAAAAGAGAGGACCCAAAAUGAAACAAUUAAAAGUGAAGGCUUUGUAAAUAAAUCGAUUUUUUUUUUCUAUUUAUAGUUUUUGGUAGUUAAAUAAAACGAUUCUUGUUGUA